AUGAAAAAUGAAACACUCUCAACAAUUUGCUCACGUUUAACACUUGAAUUUCGACUCAGGUAUAAAGUGAAAAUUGUAAUUGCCUUUGAUGAAUCUCAAGAAUUAUUGAAUAUGAAGAAAGGCUCAAUUGAUCUUUCUGAUGGCACAAAGGGGAGCCUUUUCCACGCAAUUUAUAAGGCAAUAUUACCCUUCAAUAAUGUCGUUUUCAUAGGCAGCACAUUGAAUUUGGUUAAAGUGGAUUUAAGUAUUUCAGAUAAUGGGAGACUAAUUUCAAAAAUUGUAAUGGGUAGUCUUGAACCUUGGUCACCAACUCAUGUUCAAACAAUUUUGGAACACAAAUUCAACCUUUCACUCAGUCCCAAAAACAUGGCUUUAUUUUGUUAUUUGUUAUCAGGACCUCCACAACACACCACUGAUUUUCAUAAGGCUCUCCUUAUGAACUCAAGAACUUUACACAAACCAACCAACAAACAAUUGAAAAGUGUGUGUAUGAGCAUUUUGGAUGAUGUUGUGGUAGAGAAAGUAGCCCAUGCUCAAAGUAAGGUUGUUAAAUUUAUAGAUUCAGGUGAUAGACAUGUUUUUCUGGAAACAAUAUUCAAAAUGUUGUUUGGUCAGCCGUGUUCAUGUAGUGGAGAAGGGACUAUUGAAAAUGCGCUAAUAACUCUCUCGGUAGCUCAUGUAGUUCGAAUUGGAACCAACAACUUUUUUGAAAUUGUGGAUCCAAUAGAUUACAAGUGCUAUUUCAAAUUUGUUUUUACUAAUUAUAGAGAAGAAUUAUGGACCUAUAUUGCCAGACGAUGUGAAACAUCCACUAAUGAGGAUACCUUUGAAAUAUUUAUAACCUUAUUGCUGAUGGAAGAAAGUGAGAGAUUAUCAGAAUCCAAAUCCAAGAAUCAUUCCUCCAGUCCUUUAUUUAGAAAGCUAAAAGACCUCUCUUUUGACAACUGUUGUUUGAAUUUUAACAGCUUUAUAAGGGAUAAAACUUUAUCUAAAUCCGACCUCGAGCUUUCUAAUAAUAUUCUAGGAAUGUGGUACUCACAAUUAGACAACAUAUUUCUUGAUUCUGGUAUCAAACCAUAUAACAAAAUGGGCCCUGAUCUUAUAUUUUAUCUGAAGAAUUCGGAGAAUCUUCAUGUCACAGUGCUUUCAGCUAUAUCCUUAAUCUCUGAUCCUGUUAAUAAUCCAAUUCAACCUUGUAAAGCUUGUAGAAUGUUAGAAACGACUAAUUUCAAAAAUUUACAAAUCACCAAAAAAGAGAUCUAUCUUCCACACACCGAACUAGACACUCAAGACAUCAUUAAGAAUUUUAAAUUAGAAUCAAAUCCAUGUCUAAGAUUGCUUAUUUCUCCAAAUAUGGAAACACUUAGUAUUUCCUCUCUUAAACAACAGUAUAAUUCAUAUAAAAAGAAAGCAACAGCCUAUGAUGAAGACGUCAAUGCAUCACAUACAGUUCAUAUUAUUGGACAGAAAGAAAUAUUUGAUUGUAUAGAUCAACACAAAAAGAAGCCAUAUGUUAAAACUAUGAAAACAGUUUUCAAACUAUUCUUAAAUAAACCUACUGAUAAUUAA